AGUGGACAAAACUCAAAAGCAUUGAAGAAAAAACAUGGCCAAGAUCGUCUCUCUUUGCAUCAUAACCUUCCUCCUAUUUCUUACAUUUUCCGGCAACGUCCUCGCCCGGCCGGAGCCCCAGUUCUCCGACAUUGCCCCCGUUGAAAUUCACGGCAAGGGUGAUGAAGUAGAGAAUGCCAGCGGAGAAGGAGAAGACGAGUGGUUGAUGAGACGUACGCUUGAGGCUCAUCUUGACUAUACCUAUGAUCCGACGAGACAACAAUCGCCGGAGCCGCCGCCUCCGAGACAACACGUGCAGCAUCCUUGAUCAUUUUUCCAACACGUGGAAUAUUAUUUAUAUGUAUAUUUAUGUAAUGACCGUCUUUUUCGUGCCCUUUUAAAUUACAAAACUUCGUAAAAUAAGUGAAACAUGUCGUGUAAUGUUCUUGCUUUGAUGAUCUCGCUGAUUAGAGUGUUUUUGAAGUAUGUCAUUAAGUGAAACAUGUCGUGUAUGUUCUUGCUUUGAUGAUCUCACUGAUUAAAGUGUUUUUAAAGUA